AUGGAGCCCCACCUGCUCCGGCUGCUCUUCGGCCUGCUGCUCAGUGGCACCAGGGCCCUCGCCGGCUACCCAAUUUGGUGGUCCCUGGCCCUGGGCCAGCAGUACACAUCUCUGGGCUCCCAGCCCCUGCUCUGCGGCUCCAUCCCAGGCCUGGUCCCCAAGCAGCUGCGCUUCUGCCGCAACUACAUCGAGAUCAUGCCCAGCGUGGCCGAGGGCGUGAAGCUGGGCAUCCAGGAGUGCCAGCACCAGUUCCGGGGCCGCCGCUGGAACUGCACCACCAUAGACGACAGCCUGGCCAUCUUCGGGCCCGUCCUGGACAAAGCCACCCGGGAGUCGGCCUUCGUGCACGCCAUCGCCUCGGCCGGCGUGGCCUUCGCCGUCACGCGCUCCUGCGCCGAGGGCACCUCCACCCUCUGCGGCUGCGACUCGCAUCACAAGGGGCCACCCGGCGAAGGCUGGAAGUGGGGCGGCUGCAGCGAGGACGCCGACUUCGGGGUGCUGGUGUCCCGCGAGUUCGCUGACGCCCGCGAGAACCGGCCGGAUGCCCGCUCGGCCAUGAACAAGCACAACAACGAGGCGGGCCGCACGACCAUCCUGGACCACAUGCACCUCAAGUGCAAGUGCCACGGGCUGUCGGGCAGCUGUGAGGUGAAGACCUGCUGGUGGGCCCAGCCCGACUUCCGUGCCGUCGGCGACUUGCUCAAAGACAAGUACGACAGCGCCUCGGAGAUGGUGGUGGAGAAGCACCGGGAGUCCCGCGGCUGGGUGGAGACCCUGCGCGCCAAGUACGCGCUCUUCAAGCCGCCCACCGAGAGGGACCUGGUCUACUAUGAGAACUCCCCCAACUUCUGCGAGCCCAACGCAGAGACGGGCUCCUUUGGCACCAGGGACCGGACUUGCAACAUCACCUCCCACGGCAUUGACGGCUGCGAUCUGCUGUGCUGUGGCCGCGGCCACAACACGAGGACGGAGCAGAGGAAGGAGAAGUGCCACUGCGUCUUCCACUGGUGCUGCUACGUCAGCUGCCAGGAGUGCAUCCGCAUCUACGACGUGCACACCUGCAAGUAGGGAGCCAGGGCGCUGGGAAGGGGUGAAGCGUGUGGCUGGGUGGAUUCACCGAAGUCUCCUGGGAAGCGGAUGCGAGAGCCCAACUCAGCCCUCAGUGCCACUCAGCAAGGAGCCCGGACUGUUGCCGAUGUCCGUGGUAAAUGACCUGGACCCCACCCGCUGCUGCCGCCACUGCCGCCGCUGGGAGCCGCUCCUCCCCUCCCCCUCCGUCUCUCACCCCACUCUGGAUGGUGUGUGGUUUUCACAGAAGGGGCUUUCUUUUUAGUUCUCGAGGGUCUGAUCAGAACAGACCCAAGGUUAUCUUUGCACACAUUAAAGAAAAUAAAAAUGAAACAAAACAAAACAAAAACAAAAACAAAAACAAAACCAAUUCUCCAACAGCACAGGCUGUGAGCUCUCAGCCUGGUGGUGAAGACCCCCAGUUCUGUCUGCGGACUGCCUGGGAAGGAGGACUGGCACCUGCGCCUCUGGCCACUCCCACUCCCUGCCAUGCUCGCUGUGUGGCUGGGAGGAGCCCCGGGAAGGUGCGAGGCACUGGCUAGAGCAGGUGCAGUG